AUGGCGGAGCGGAGGUUGCAGUGCCUUGAAAGACGACUAUCAAAGGACCCAACGUUGUACGACAAGGUGAGGGAACAAAUUGAUGACUAUCUGUCCAAGGGUUACACCCAUAAAGCAACAGAACGGGAGUUGAAAGAUACCGUGCAAAAUCAGACAUGGUAUCUACCAUUGGGUGUAGUAGUAAACCCUAAAAAGCCGGAAAAGGUUCGAGUUGUCUGGGACGCUGCAGCAACGGUAAAAGGAGUUUCGCUGAAUUCCGUUCUGCUGAAAGGGCCGGAUUUUCUACAGUCCUUACCAACGGUACUUUGUCGAUUUAGACAGAGGGAGGUGGCCAUCAAUGCGGAUAUCAAGGAGAUGUUCCACCAAGUGAUUAUCAGACCGGAGGAUCGUCAGGCACAACGAUUUCUGUGGCGGAAAAAUCCGUCGGAGCAAACGGAAGUGUUUGUUAUGGACGUCGCCAUAUUUGGAGCUACGUGCUCCCCAAGUUCUGCGCAGUUUGCGAAGAAUAGAAAUGCAGUUGAAUUGUCCAGAGAGUUUCCUCGAGCUGCAACCGCGGUUUUGGAGAACCACUAUGUGGACGACUAUCUCGAUAGUGUCGAUAGCGUCUACGAAGCAGUGGAGCUUGCAAGAGAAGUCAAAACGUUACAUCAACACGCCGGAUUUGAACUCCGACACUGGUUGUCCAAUAGUGUGGAUGUGUUGAAGCAAAUCGGAGAAAAACCGUCAGAAACUCCGAAAAAUUUCGUGAUGGGCAAGAACGUUGGGACUGAGAGAGUAUUGGGGUUGAGUUGGUUGCCGCACGAAGACAUCUUUACGUUCGCAAUACAGUUCCGCGAAAAUCUGAAGAGGUUGCUGGACGGGAAUACGUAUCCCACCAAAAGAGAGUUGUUGAGCCUGGUUAUGAGUAUUUUCGACCCUCUUGGAUUGGUAGCUAACUUUGUGAUACACGGAAAAAUUCUUGUUCAAGAAGUUUGGAUCCGGCAGCACUUGGGACGACAAAAUUCCAGAGUUACUGUUUGCGUCGUGGAGUCGUUGGGUACGGGCACUACACAGCCUGGAGCAACGUCCAAAACCAAAGUGGCGCCCCUUAAGCAACUGUCAGUGCCAAGGCUUGAGCUCCAAGCAGCUGUAAUCGGUACAAGGUUGAUGAAGACAAUUGCGUCAAGUCAUACCCUGCGGAUAAAAAGGAAAAUACUGUGGACUGAUUCUAACACCGUGUUAGCCUGGCUCAGAGCGGAUCAACGAAGGUUCCACCAGUUUGUGGCGUUCAGGGUAGGAGAGAUUUUGGAAUCCACCGACGUAAACGAUUGGAGGAAAGUACCCUCAAAAUGGAAUGUUUCCGACGAAGCAACAAAAUGGGGUAAUGGUCCAGAUGCCUCGGAAGAAUCCCGGUGGCUUCGUGGACCAUCGUUUCUCUACCAAGAUGAAGCAGAAUGGCCAGGUCAUAAGGAAGAAGAAUGGAGCACAGCAGAAGAAAUGCGGAAUAUAAUAACGAUCCAUCGAUGCAGCGUAACCGGAACGGUGCAGUUUGAGCGCUUUUCCAAAUGGGAACGAUUGUUGCAAGCCAUGGGAUAUGUUCGACGAUUCCUAAAUAACUGUCUUGGAAAGAGAAACAACUUGCCGUGCCUGACUUCAAAGAAUCUUUGCAGUAAAGAGUUGCAGGAAGCAGAGAUUAUGGUGUUGAAAUUGGUUCAACUUGAGGUCUACCCGCAAGAAUUUGCUGUGCUUGAAGCGCUGCAGAAAGAUUCGUCGCAUCAUCCGAAACAAAUCGAGAAGAAAAGCCGUAUCUACAAGUUGAAUCCUUUCAUCGGAGCAGAUGGAUUGAUCCGCAAGGACGGGCGAAUUGGUGCAGCUCCCGCAGUAGCAGAUGACGCAAAAUUUCCGGUGAUACUACCGAAAGACCACUACGUAACAAUGCUGAUUAUCGACGGAUAUCACCGAAAGUUGGCACACGCAAACAAUGAAACCAUCGUGAAUGAGCUCAGGCAACGAUUCCAUGUGUCGGAGAUAAGAGUAGCUGUGGGGAAAGUAGCGAAGUCCUGUACAUUGUGUAAGGUACGCAAAGCAGUUCCACGACCACCUCGGAUGAGCCCUCUCCCGGAAGCACGUUUAACUCCCUAUAUCAGGGCGUUCACUUUUACCGGGUUGGACUACUUCGGUCCCGUAACUGUACGAGUAGGGCGCACGAACGUGAAGAGAUGGGCAGCAUUAUUUACCUGCCUCACAACAAGGGCAAUUCACCUUGAGGUAGCCUUUACGUUGUCGACCGAAUCAUGCAAACUUGCCAUUCGUCGGUUUAUAGCUCGCCGUGGUGCACCGUUGGAGAUAUACUCUGAUCAAGGACUAAAUUUCCAAGGAGCAAGGAAGGAGUUGCGCGAAGAAAUUCGAAAGCUGAAUCAAGAGUUGGCUUCAACCUUCACAAACGCAGCCACACAGUGGAAGAUGAAUCCGCCUUAUGCUCCUCAUAUGGGAGGUAUAUGGGAGCGGUUAGUACGCUCAGUGAAACUGGCAUUGGCAGCCAUGGAGACAUCGAGAAACCCUGAUGAUGAAACCUUUCAAACCGCAUUGACAGAAGCUGAAUCCAUCGUAAACACACGGCCGCUUACAUAUCUACCCUUGGAUUCCGCAGAGAGUGAAGCGCUGACACCUAAUCAUUUCCUGCUUCUUAGCUCGAAUGGAGUAUGCCAGCCAGUCGCUAAUCCGGUCGACGUGAAGUCCACGCUUCGUGCCAACUGGAACCAUGUGCGCGUAAUGCUGGACCGUUUUGGACAAGAUGGGUUACCGAGUAUCUACCGGUCAUUGCAAGGCAGUCGAAGUGGUUCGGGAAACUAA